CGACCUCAACACGUAUACUAACAAUGUUACAGAAACUCCUCGGACACAGUUAUUAACCCACCAAUUUCUUUUAUUUGUAAUAUAUUAGUAGAUUGCCUGGCUUUAUCUAGCAAUUUUUGAUGGUUGUGUGACCAGGAGAGAUAAUUGUGUGUUUAUUGAAUCUCCUGGAAAGUAAUUAAUAGUUUGGUAAUGUUGUUGGUACAUAUGUAACGACUUAUGAAAGGCUCACUCAGACUCAGCCAGUGAAGUAGGAAAGUUCUGAGUCAAACCUUCUCUCCCCUGAAUAAGACGUAAAUAAUAAUACAAGAUAUAAAAAACAAACAUUAAUAAGAUGAGUGCACUGUGUUUUGCUUCGAAACUUUGCCGAUUUAUACCAGUUACAAGGAAUGUUAAGUUAACACAAAUUCAGCCCUACUUGAAACGAACUACAGUCACAAUAGCCAGAAAGGGGCUUCAGAAAAUAGCUUUUGAUGAAAUCCCAGAAGUUGGAAACAAGUGGGUGGGGCGAUGGCUCUUUGGAUGCUCAGGCAUGGUGUUUGGAGCAGUUGUGAUUGGUGGGUUAACACGUUUAACAGAAUCUGGCUUGUCAAUGACUGACUGGCAUUUGUUUGGCAAGAGACCGCCAAUCUCCCAAAUUGAAUGGGAGCGUGAGUUUUCUCAGUAUCAAGAUUAUCCUGAGUUUAAGCUAAAAAACAAAGAUAUAUCCUUAGAAGAAUUUAAGUUCAUCUGGUGGAUGGAGUAUGGACACAGACAAUGGGGUCGCACUAUUGGGGCAUUCUUUUUGUUGCCAGCUGCCUACUUUUGGCAGAAGGGUUGGUUCACUCGGGCCAUGAAGAAAAGAGUGAUAGCAUGUGGAGUUCUUAUUGGAUUUCAGGGUCUUCUAGGAUGGUACAUGGUCAAGUCUGGCCUGGAGGAGCACCGAUUUAAGGAACCUUCAGAUGUUCCAAGAGUAUCACAGUAUCGUCUCACGGCUCAUCUUGGGUCUGCCUUUGUUCUAUAUAGCCUUUUUCUGUGGAAUGCUCUUGGAGUGACCUAUCCAGCACAGCAAAUUAAACAGGUAACUGCACAAGCAAUGAAGUUCCGUAAGCUUGCUCACAUGACUAAAGGCUGGGUCUUUAUCACUGCUCUUUCAGGGGCUUUGGUGGCGGGACUGGAUGCUGGCUUGGUAUACAACUCUUUUCCAAAAAUGGCUGAUAGAUGGAUUCCCAGUGAUCUACUGGCUUUUAGUCCUACACUAAGGAACUUUACUGAAAACCCCACCACAGUGCAAUUUGACCACAGGAUCAUGGGAACUACUUCACUCUGCUUAGCCUCAGCCCUAAUGAUCUGGUCUCGAAGAGGAGUGAAGUUGCCUCCACGUGCUUAUACUGCUGCCACAGCUCUUGGUGCAAUGGUUUGGAUGCAAGUAGGGCUGGGCAUCUCAACACUGUUGUUGUAUGUGCCAACUGGACUAGCAGCCUUGCAUCAGUCUGGCUCUCUUCUCACUCUCUCCUUUGCUAUUUGGCUCACCCAUGAGCUGAAGCAUCUCAAGAAAAUACCUAAGUGAGUUGCAAAGGUAUGGUGUCAGUGUCCACAAGUCAUAUAUUGUAGCAUAUUUUAUCUAGCUAUGUUUAAAUAUUGAGUCAUUAACACUUUUUUGUACAUGAAUUUCUUCAGCUCAGUAAAGUCAUUAAAUAAUAAUGGGAAUACAUUUUGCCCUUCUACCAUUAUAAAUUUCACAGGCACAGCUUUAGUCUUUUUUCAUCCAGUGCAUAAUGUAUUUAUGAAGAUGUAUAUCUCAUCAGUCCAUUUAGCACGCAGACUUCAAUAUACAAACAAUAUCUCACUAGUCGGGAAUCAAAUCCCAGACCUCUGCAUGUGAACGGAGAUUGCUACCACCGUGCAAAGAUGUAUAUUUUUACCCAGUGAUCCCAAAUAUCAAAAUUCACAAAGUUUGUAAUGCUGUGUGCAUGCCUACAUCAUCUAUGCCUGUAAUCACUGUGUAGAAAGGUGGCUGAUAAAUCCUAUCACAUGAGAUCUAUGAGCAGCCAUGUGUAUCAAUAAACUGGUUAUUUAUUAAUUUUUUGCUGGAUUCUUGAUAUAUUAGUUUUAUCCAAUAGAAUGAAAUUCUUGUAGAUGAAUAGAAAAAAUUGGUGUGAAAACUGUUUAUAUAUGUACAGUGUAGACCACAUAUCUAGUGUGCUUCAUAUAUACUGUGCAGUAAAAAACCCCAUAAUUCCAAAUAUGUAUAGGGGCUCUAGCCCUUACAAGUUAGGGCAAAGAUGGAAAAACAAGUGGAAAAAGUUUGCGCCGUAGAUGUACACUCCACGACUUACCAACAUGAACUGACCGUGACCGACACACAUGACACGUAUAGUACCUGUACUUUUUUUUACACUGGGGCAGGCGGUCCCAUCUCAUGGCAACAUAUGCGUCAUAUAUAAUCGUCUCAUAAUUCAAAAUUUUACCAAAUAUUUCGAAAAUUGUGAUACCCCUGUUUAUAUUUUGUAUCAAAAACAUUACGAAUUAAGAGUGAUUUUGAAUUAGAGGUGUAUGAAUUAUGGGGUUUUACUGUAGUGUCACCGCUAACAUUUCCAUGAUUCCCUGCCAGGUUUACUUUCAGUGCAUUGAAAUAAAUAUAUCCGUAAAAAUUCCAUCAUAAGAGUAAAAAAAAAAAAAUAAUAAUAAAUAAAACAGUUAAAAUUAUUUUGUACCAAUUGAACUUUUUUGUCAUUUGAUAUAAUCACAAAAAAGUUAAGAAUAACAAAUGAAAAUAAGGGAAAUAAUAAAUUGGGAGGCAAGUGUGAAGUUCAAUGCAAGACAAUUAUCCAUACUGAAGAAGGUGAAUGAUGGUUUUUCUGAGUAUCACUGGUGUACCUUAAGUAACUGAUUAUGUUGUGGCUAGAUUUACUUAAGCUUGUACAGUACUGGUAUCCCUCAUUAUCUGAAUGUGUACUAUCCAAAUUUUUUAUUCUUACACCACUUUUUUGCACUAUCCAAAAAUAUUCAUUACUUAUCCACAAGAUGGUCUGAUCAAAAUUUUAUCGCAGUUCAAAUUAACCCUCCCCAAGGUGAGCCCUCUGAUAAGGCAAUGUACCAACUGGACAAAAUAUUUUUAGUUUAGCAAUUAUCAUACAGUAACAAGGUACUAAAUUACACUAAAUGGUAGUUAGGUAAUUUUUUUUUCAUGAAUGGAGUUCAUUGGGGGGGGGGGGGAUAUUUGAGUUUUGUUGUCGGAAAACUGAACCCUAUUUUUCACUUUUAUGGUUUUUGAAUGGUUUUCAAGGAACUUAACCCAUCUGAAAUGAGGGAUACCUGUAGGGUAUCAGAAUUCAUUAUCAUUUAUAUUUUAGUUUUCUUAAAUCUUGAUUACUUGGUCUAUUUUCUAAAAAUUAGAAGGUAGUUAUAUUAGAAAUUAGUAGAAUGUUGUAAUGUUUGUAGAGAUAACUUGUAAAUACUGUAUCCGGUAACUUGUUUAAAAAAUACUGAACUUGUAUUAUUGUAAUAUUAUUCCACUAUGACAUAAUUUAAUCAAAUUGUUUCUCUUCCUGGUCUCUUUCUGUAUGCUUUGUUGAGAUGAUCAUCAUCCUUUCCACAUGCUCAUAUAUUUUAGUAAAGGCUAAGUAUGGAUAACAAUAAUAGCAGAAAUAUUAGCAAGUUAAAAUAUUGAUAACCAAAGAAUCAUUGUACAGAGGCUGGAAUACACCUAACAGUUGAGGGCUUGAGCCUUUAAACAAUCACUUGCAGACAAAGCAGUACAGUAAAGCAUAAAAAUCUUCAUCAAAUGUCUUUUCAAAUUACCAAACCUUCUGGUGCUGAUCGGACUAAGGAAUCAAAUACAGUAUACAGAUAUGAACAUUGACAUUUUAUAUGGAUCUCUACUCUAUGUGAGACACUCUGAAUCUGUACAUGUACUGUAAUUUAUACCUAAAUCUGUACAUGUUUUUCAAUAAAAUAUUCUGAAUAGC